UCUGAGGCAGAGAGCAGCACAACAGUUCGUAAAUGCUGGUCCAACUGUUAAGACGGUACAGUUAACUGCCAUAACUGUCAACUGUCAUAACUUCCACAACUUGUAUGACCUCACAGAGUUCUACAACUCUUGAAAUUAACCUUUUACAUAUGCAUUUUGGAUGCGAACAUCCCACAUUCUGAGGGGAAGAAGAAGUAGAGAGUACACUCGCUAUCAUUGCUAGCAUACAACGUGUUAUCAAAGUUCUACCAGCACAUCCUUGCCCUGGUGUUUGCGAUUGAUGAGAUCAAUGAGAAUCCCAAAGUCUUGCCCAAUGUCACUCUUGGGUUCCACAUCUAUGACAGCUACUAUCAAUCUAAGAUGACCUACCGCACCACUCUGGAUCUGCUGUUUAACUCACAUAGCUUUGUCCCCAACUACAAAUGUGGCUCCCAGGAAAAUGUAAUAGGAGUCAUUGGGGGACUGAGCUCUGAGGUCACCUUGUGCAUGGCAGACAUCUUGGGUCUUUACAAAAUUCCACAGAUUUCAUAUGGUUCAUUUGAAGCAGCCACAAAUGAUCAAAUUAAAUUUCCUUCUUUUUACCACAUGGCUCCUAAUGAAGCUCUUCAGUAUCAAGGAAUUAUCCAGUUGCUUCUGCAUUUUGGAUGGAAAUGGGUUGGGCUCAUCACUCCAGCUAAUGAAGCUGGAGAACGUUUCUUGAAUACCAUUGAACCAAUGUUUUUCAAAAAUGGGAUCUGUUCAGCAUUCACAGAAAGAGCUGAAUACCAUGUGCAUGUCACUGGUAAGAUAACUGAUAUGCUGAGAGAGACAAGGAUUUUGUCCCCAGCUUUCAUAACAAGCAAAGCAAAUGCAGUUGUUGUAUAUGGAGAAAGUGCAUCUAUUACAUGGUUGUCAACUGCUCUAAAGCUGAUGAAGUUAUCUGAGUUCAUAUUUUCUCAGUCCAAAAAGAACUUACGUGAAGGAAAAGUAUGGAUUACCACAGCUCAGAUUGACUUCAUUUUAUAUGAACUUCAGAAAGUUAUUGAUGUUAAUAUACAAAUGUUGCAUGGUGCUAUCUCUUUUGCAAUUCAUUCCAAGGAAGUUCAUGACUUCCGAGAUUUUCUGCAACAUGUAAAUCCUUCCUGGGAAGAGGGAGAUGAUUUUAUCUCAGGUUUCUGGGAACAAACAUUUGAUUGUUCACUUGCACACACUACAAAGUCAACAAAGAUAGCUAAGCCUUGUACUGGAGAGGAAAUGUUGGAGAGCCUUCCUGCGCCAUUUUUUGAAAUGAGCAUGACCAGCCACAGCUACAGUAUCUAUAAUGCUGUCUCUGCUUUGGCACAUGCCUUACAUAGGCACUUGGCCGGAUCCAAACACAGAAGAAUGGAGGCUGCAGGCAGACAAUCUCCUCAGAACAUAGAGCCUUGGAAGGUAAUGUUUGUGGUUACAAAAAGUUUGGUUUACAAAGUGUUCACUAUUGUGCCCUGCCUUGAUAUUUUAUGUGAGUUGGCAUUUAGUUAUAAAUAAAACAAUAAAAGGUAUCCUGUUAAAGAAACAAACAAUGAAGAUUUCUACUGCAUUGCAGGCUAUGCUUCUUAUAGCAGAACAUAAAUUAAAGAGGGGGUUUGUCAUAAUGUUAACUUAAAAAACAACCCUCAGUUUUCAUCUCCCCUCUCCUAGAACACGUUCCUCUUAGAGUUAGAGUAUCUGCAUGGAGAAACAAUUGCACAUAUUUCAAUAUGUGACUGAUUGGUCCCAAUUAUCCAAGAACAUAUAAUAACAUAAUACAUAAAAAGUGAGAUGGAAAAAGGGCAUAAAAGAAGUCUUUUACUGUGACAAUAUGUAACCUUUCUUUCAAAUGUUUUCAAAAAUUAUCAAUCUGACUGUGUCGUGUAUGGUAUAAAUUCCUGCAUUUGCAGAAAACAAGAAUGGUUCUGCCAAUUGUACACUUUCAUAAACUAUACUUUGAAUUAAAACUUUAGAACCCCUAAUUAUAAAGAUCUUGAAUGCAUCUAGGAAAGCUAUUCAGCAAUCUUAAUCAGAAUGUUAUAAUACUUUAUAGACCUUUUGAUUCUCUUUCCACCUAGCUUCACUCAUUCCUACAGAAGAUCUCAUUCAACAACUCUGUUGGUGAUGAAAUUACAUUAAAUGACCGUGGAGAAUUAGCAGCUGGUUUUGAUAUUACAAAUUUGAUCACUUUCCCAAAUAGAUCCUACAUCAGGGUCAAAGUGGGAAGGCUGGAUCCUCAGGCCCCUCCAGGCAAAGAGCUCACCAUUAAUGAUGGACAAAUUAAAUGGCACAGGGACUUUACUCAGGUGAGGAAAUUAAUUUCUCAAAUGCCAACAUUUCAAAUAAAAUGGGAUGCAAUGAAAACAAGGAGGCUUUUUUCACUUAGCAGUUAAUUAAAUGUGAUGUUUCCUUGGAGAGGAAAGUAAGGUUUAUGGAGAAGAAAUUCAUAUAUAGAUGGAUAGUAUUUUGAUGGAGAGAAUCUAUGUUUGAACAAUUGGCUUUACUUGUGGGAACAUGCUAGCAUGUUAGUUUAAGAGAUCCUACUUGUUGCCCAGCUGAUGUUAAUCACAAUUUGCUUUGUAUGUGAUAUUAUAUUGUAUAUGAUAUGAAAAUUGCCGUUCUAUAUAUUGUUUAUUUGUAAUCCACCAAGGAGUAGGCAAUGUCCUUUAAGUAAUACUGUAAGGUCUAGCACUAAAUAAACAUAUGAUCCACAAUACGAAAAAGAGCAACAUGCACAGAAGACAUCUCACAUUAAGGACCAAUGGGUAUCAGAUACUGUUGUCAGCCAUUCUUUUAUGUGAAAUCCCAGAGGAAGAUCCAGUUAGUGGAAUCUGAUAUAAUGCUAAGCUUGUUACAGCAUUGCUUGGGCUUAAAAUGAACAUUAUAAUCUUCUGGAGUUUGCAUGAUGCUAUGUGCAGCAGGUAUACAUCUAGGCAUAGAUGUACCUAGUGCAUCAACCUAAAAGGGGCAUAAGCAGACCAGCCACAGAAGCCACUUGAGACCCUAGUGAUGAGUUGGAAUCUCAAGGUAGUUUCAGACUACAAAUUUCUUCCUUCACAGUGAGUCCAAUCCCUCCCAGAAGGCAUGCCAAUCCUUUUGAGAGACAGCAUCCACUCACCCAAAGCACUUUGGAGUUAUAAGGAUUCAGCCACCAUCCUGUCCAACACAACCUUCAGACAGCAGUGCAGCACCUUCACUGUUUCUCCUCAUUCCAAGGGAAUUCUAAGAUACCGGUGUUCAUCAUCAGUACACAUAUGAACACUGUGCUCCAGAUUCCUUGAAGAUAGCCCCUAACUGUUUCAUAUAAAUGUUGAAUCACAAAGAUGAAAGAACCUGAAACCUCAUGGGGAACCACAGCCCAAAAACCAUGGAACUACACAAGAUGCUCCUGGUAGAACAUUCAUGAAACAAUUCUGCAAGUAGAAGCAGAACCUCUAAGUUAUACUCAAAUCUAAUAAGGCUUAACGGCUGCUUUUUAUCCCAUUUUAUGUUCCACGUGCCCAUAUGGAUCAUAGUUUUCACGUUAUUGGUCCUCCUAUUGCUGAUAGAUGCCCUGAUGUUAGAUUAAAUCCCAUAAAACCUUUAAAAACAAAAUUAUUCCUAUAUAUUUGGAUAGGUGCCACCCCUGUCAGUAUGUAAUGACAAAUGCCGUCCUGGUUACGGGAAGAAAAAGAAGGAGAGAAGUAAAUUUUGCUGCUAUGAUUGUGAACCAUGUCCCAGCGGGAUGUACUCAAGUGAAAAGGAGAUGGAAACAUGUAUCAGUUGCCCAGCAAAUAAGUAUCCAAACCAAGACCAGGAUAAUUGCAUUCCUAAGAUACCAAACUUUCUGGGCUUUGAUGAAACUUUAGCCAUCAUUUCAACUUCCUCUGCACUAUUGUUCUCUCUGAUCACAGCUCUAGUGUUUGGCAUCUUCAUUAAACACCGGGACACUGCCAUCGUCAAAGCCAACAACAGAAGCCUCACUUACAUUCUCCUUGUGUCCCUCCUCUUGUGUUUCCUCUGCUCCUUGAUGUUCAUUGGAACACCUAAGCAGGCAAUCUGCCCACUCCGACAAACAGGUUUUGGCAUCGUCUUCUCUGUGGCCCUCUCUAGCAUCUUGGCCAAAACUAUAUCAGUGGUUUUGGCAUUCAUGGCUACCAAGCCAGGAUCCACAAUCAGGAAAUGGGUAGGCAAAAAACUGGCUUAUUCCAUUGUCCUCUCUGGCUCCAUUGUUCAAGUAGGGCUCUGUGGCCUUUGGCUGGCAACCUUUCCCCCAUUCCCAGAUUUGGACAUGAAAUCAAUGAGUGAAGAAAUUAUAUUGUUAUGUAAUGAAGGGUCCGUCCACAUGUUCUACUGUGUUUUAAGCUACAUGGGCUUCCUGGCCACUGUCAGCUUCACUGUGGCUUUCCUAGCCAGAAAGUUACCUGACAGUUUCAAUGAAGCCAAGUUCAUCACCUUCAGCAUGCUGGUCUUCUGCAGUGUUUGGAUCUCCUUUAUUCCAACCUACCUGAGCACCAGAGGAAAAUACAUGGUGGCUGUGGAGAUCUUCUCCAUCUUGGCUUCUAGUGCUGGAUUACUGGCUUGCAUCUUUUCCCCCAAAUGCUACAUUAUUCUUGUGAGGCCUGAAUUGAACACCAGAGAACAUCUAAUGCAAAGAAAAAUAUAAAUAAUAUAAAAAAUUGUAGUUCCAUGAUUGUUCUUAAUUUUCAACACUGAAAUGUCAAAAAUGUGAAUGAAUGAGGACAAUGUGACCAAAUGAAACUAUUUCAUCUAUCUUGUGCUCUGUUUCUGGGCUGCAAAAUUGUUGCAUGUUAUUUUAAGAGGCCAUUCAGACCAAAUGAGGCAAAUGUUCACAUUACCUUCUGAACUUCAACUGAAGACAAUGAAACUCUGAAAUUGAAAGAGAAACAUCAACAUUAUUCUAUAGCUAUUCUGAUUAGACAGCUAAUAUGAAUAAAGAGUUAAGUAUUAGAGUUGUUUUUUACUAAGUGGUAUAUUAUUUAAGAAACUAAAUAAAGAAGCUAUGUUAUAUUAGUGAGGCCUUAAUUCAACAAUAGAGAGCAACUGAUAGAGAGAAAUAUGUAAAUGGCAGAUGUGUUUGUAGUUUCACUUAUGUUCUUGGUAUCAGUUUAGGAACAUGAGGUCAGACAAGUGUAUAUUGGAAUCCCCAUUUGUGUCUACAAACUAACUCACCCCUAAAUAUUACGGCUUGGUCUCUCCCACAAACGCGAGACGACUCUGGCUGUUAAUUAUUUCAGAUUUAUUGCUACAAUAACAAACUAGGACGGAGCUCCUCUACUCAUUGUCCUCCCCAGAAGAUGAUGUUGCCUGGACUGAGCUCCUCCCCCUUCCCCAGCACGGAAGCCCCCGCCUUCUCUUCCGGUAUCUUUCGAGUGUCUCUGCCACUUUUGAAAUCCUACGAGAUUUGGCAGAGAGGGUUUCCUGCAUUCCAACAUCUUGCCCACUAUCGGACUUCUCACACAUCUGUCUGUCCCUUUGGUCAGAGCUCAGAUUACAGCUGCUCUCCCCCUCCUCUCUGCUUUCUGCUGUUAACUGUCCUCUCCCUGUGCCUGCUCCUUCUCCUCCUGUCAGCAUCUGAGCUUCACUGACACUAAAGCACACUGCCUUGUGAGCUAUUUUGCGGGAGUCAACUGGACACAGCUCUGAGAAUAGGCCCAAAUUAUCUUAUGCCCAGUAAAGAGCUCUCACAAACUGGACUGUUCCCCAUGGAGCUGGUUUAUUACAAAAGAAUAAAUGAUCUUUUAACAAUAGAUUGAUUAGCAUAGUUCAAAAUAUAUAGAACCAUG